UGGUGAGACAUUUCGUCGGAUUCGCUUCCCGACACGGACCCCGGGUUUGCGGGCAACCUUUGGACGAUAAUCGUCGAGGAUUGUUGCAUGUUUUCCAAUGGAUUAACGCAUAACGGCAGAGGGAAACUUGUUUAAUCGCAUUCGCAAGGUAAAGAUUUGAACCAACCGUCCAUCUGGGAUCGUUGUGGACAGAGAUGAAGACCCUGGAGGAGCCCCCGUAUCUAACCGUGGGCACUGAUGUAAGUGCCAAGUACAGAGGGGCGUUCUGUGAAGCCAAGAUCAAAACUGCUAAACGACUCGUCAAGGCCAAGGUGACCUUCAAGCCGGACUCGUCCACGGCGGAGGUCCACGACGAGCACAUCAGAGGAACGCUGAAGGUGGGAGCUGUGGUGGAAGUGAAAAACCAGGAUGGAGUCUACCAGGAAGCCACCAUCAACAAACUCACAGACGCCAGUUUAUACACUGUUGUGUUUGAUGACGGUGAUGAGAAGACACUGAGGCGAUCUUCACUCUGUCUGAAAGGAGCUCGUCACUUUGCGGAGAGUGAGACGCUGGACCGGCUUCCUCUCACCAAUCCGGAACACUUCGGAACGCCGGUUAUCGGUAAAAAAGGCAACCGCGGGGGACGACGCUCCAACCCCAUUCAGGAGGAAGAGUCGUCCUCUUCGUCCAGUGAGGAGGAGGGUGAUCAGCAGCAGAAUGAAGAGCUGUAUGGGAAGGUGGUGUGUGUGGAGGCCAUCGCUGCUGGAGAUAAGAAGAAGAGCUGGUACCCUGCCCUGGUCAUCUCUCCAGACUGUCAUGAGGACGUAACGAUGAAGAAGGAUAACGUGUUUGUUCGCUCCUUUAAAGACGGGAAGUUUCACACGGUUCUACGGAAAGAUGUGCAGGAACUGGAAGCAGAGGUGACUCCCAAAGUAGACGCCAGCCUCAAACCAGCUCUGGAAGCAGCGUGGGAGUUUCAGAAGAACGGAUCGGUACCGAGCAUCUGGAGAACCGAGGUGAAGGACGAGAGCUCCAGCAGUGAGGAGGAGGACGAGGAGGAUGAAGAGGUGCAGGAGGAUGAUGGCAGCAGUGAGGAGGAAGAGGAGGAGGUGGAGCCAUUUCCAGAGGAGAGGGAGAACUUCCUCCAGCAGCUCUACAAGUUCAUGGAGGACAGAGGCACUCCCAUCAACAAGCGUCCGGUGCUGGGCUACAGGAACCUGAACCUCUUUAAACUCUAUCGGCUGGUACACAAGCUCGGAGGGUUCGAUAACAUUGAGAGCGGCUCAGUCUGGAAGCAGGUUUAUCAGGAUCUGGGAAUCCCGAUUCUGAAUUCAGCUGCUGGGUACAAUGUGAAGUGUGCCUACAGGAAGUAUCUGUAUGGGUUUGAAGAUUACUGCACCUCCACCGGGAUCACGUUCCGUAUGGACCUUCCGUUAAAAGUGGAGAAGCCGAGUCCUCCGGCUGAGAGCGCCGUUGACGGAGUGGGAGGAGCCAGCAGCAGCGCUGAUGUUUCAGCCUUGGCCGGACCGAGUGACGAGCCAAAACCUGAGCAAGAACCAGAGAUCUCCCACAGCCAGUCUAAUGUGAAGGAGGAUAAGUCAGAAGUAGCAGGACCAGGCAGGACCAAGGUGGACACCAGCAGCCUGAAGGAGGCCGACAAGGGCUCAAGUGAAGAAGAGGAAAACGGCCCUGAUGAAGAACCUGAGAAACAUGACUCUACUGAAGUUGGACCAACACCAGAAGGUCCGUGCUCAGAGAAUGUGAAGGAGGAGCCGUGUGAGGAGCAGAACAAGGAGGAGUCUGGGGAUGACAGCAGUCAGGAGUGGGAGGAGGGGGAAGAGUUUGAGUGUUACCCCCCUGGCAUGAAGGUGCAGGUGAGGUAUGGGCGAGGCCGCAAUCAGAAGACGUACGAAGCCACUGUGAAAGAGUCAGACCUGGAGGGGGGAGAGGUGCUCUACCUGGUGCACUACUGUGGCUGGAACAUCAGGUAUGAUGAAUGGAUCAAAGCUGACAAGAUUGUUCGACCCGCCAAUAAGAAUGUUCCCAAAAUAAAGCAUCGAAAAAAAAUAAAGAACAAAGCUGAAAGAGAGAGAGAGCAAAUAGAGCGCUUAAACGAAAGAGACGACCUCUCUCCCGCCAAACAUCGAAUCAGCAGGUCCUCUAAACUCAGCUCCAGCAACGAGGUCUGCCCCAAGACGGAGGAGUGUGAUGAUAAAGAGGAGCAGCAGACUCUCGUCAAAUCGCCCGAGACUGCGUCCGAUGUCAACGGACUCCGAGCAUCCGAGAGCUCUUCAGAUGACAGCGAACGCGAGGAGGAUGACGACGGUGACCAUGAUGGUGAAGGUCCAGGAGGUCGGCCAGGCCUUCGAAGAGGAGGUCCUCCAGAACGUCCUCGCACGCCCCCUCAUUGGGAGGGUGGCACAUCUGCUGAAGGCUUCAAGGCUUCAGUGAGCGUGAGCAACGCUGAGUUACCAACCAGCCAAGACGUCCCCGAAACAGGGAAGCGGAAGGGACCGUUCGAGAAUGAGAGCGAGGUGCCCAGCACCAGGAGGAGAAAACCUGAAGGACCAGCCGAGCGCACCCCAAAAACCCCAUGUAAAGGCAAAACCAGGGGCAGCAGGGGGACGGACUGGUUGCCCAGCAGCUCACCAAAGAAGCUGGACGAGAGAAAUGCGGGACCUGUGGACGACCCAGGAGACCAGUCCAGCAGUAGCUCUGAAGAUGAGUGUGGUCCUCAAACAAACACUCAGGCUGUGGAGGAGCCGCGGAUACAUCCCAAAACCAAAGGUUCACCCUCAAAGAAGUACAAUGGGCUGAAGGAGAAGACUAAGGGUGGGCGUUCCUCUGGAUUCUGGGAGAUCCCGGAGAAACGAGCCAAAAUAGCUGUCGGAAUCGAAGAGCGAGCUCCCGGCUGCCGUGCCAAAGGCCAAAAAGAUGUGUGGUCCAGUAUUCAAGCCCAGUGGCCUAAAAAGACCCUUAAAGAGCUAUUUUCAGAUUCGGACACCGAGGCUGCCAACUCCCCUCCGCCAGCAGUGCAAGCCCUGGACGAGCCUCGCUCGGAGCCCGAUCAGAAGGAGGAACCGGCCAAGGAACCGCAGGAGAGCCAGCCAGAGAAGAGCCAGGAGUAUCCCAGCAGCGGGAGCAACUCCGUCCUCAACACGCCGCCCACCACACCGGAGUCCGCGGAGGCGCUGCCAGAGACACGACUGUCCUCCACGCCCCCCCAGAGCUCCGCCCUCGCCUCCUGCUCCCCAGCCGAGUCCGAGGACACGGCCGGGCCGCUGAUGGAGGAGUGCGCCGGGGGCCGCAGCGAGUCUGACAGCAGCAUGGUGGAGGUGGAGAGCGUGGGCUGCGAGAUCCAGGACCUUCCUCGAGAAGAAGAAGCGGCGCCGUCCCCCUCCAAGGCCUUUGACGGCAACUUGUCCAGCAACAGCAACUGCAGCCUGACUCUCAGCAGCAGCAGCCAGCAAGACAGCGAGCAGAAAGCCAAAGCCUCGUCCUCCAACCAGAAGCGGCACAAAGAAUCCCAAGGAGGAGGAGCAUCAAAGAAACACAAGCGGAGUCACAAGACCCUCAGUCUGCACCCCAAAAAGAACCACAAAUCAGCUAACAGUAGUGACAGUGAGGAUCAGUGUAUCAGUGAGGGAACAGCUAAAUCCCCCACCUCUAAGAGCAGCACAUCCGACCUGAAGCCCAUCGUCCCUCCUAAGUGCUCGGGCCGGACACCCCCCUCUCAUAAAUACCACAAACACAGCGACUCGGAUCACUCUCAGCCCAAAGAGCCGCACGGGAACGGCCGGGGCUCCCGGAUCUACAAGUGGAGCUUUCAGAUGUCGGAUUUGGAGAAGAUGAGCAGUCUGGAGAGGAUAGCGUUCCUGCAGGAGAAGCUGCAGGACAUCAGGAACCACUAUCUCUCGCUCAAAUCCGAAGUGGCCUCCAUCGACAGGAGACGAAAGAGGAUGAAGAAAAAGGAGCGAGAGACAGGUGCAGCAGUGGCUUCAUCCUCCUCGUCCUCCUCGCCGUCGUCCAGCUCUCUGACUGCGGCGGUCAUGCUGACUCUGGCGGACCCGACCGUGUCGGGCUCGUCGCAGAACUCUGGGGUUUCGGUGGAGUGCAGGUGACACCGAGAGUAACGACCCUCCUGCAGCACAGAGCACUUAACCAGCACCCAGCCGAGCCUCCGGCCUACGAGCCCAGACUGUAGGACCCGAACUCUGACCGACGGAGUCACAUGACACAAACAUCCGGGGCACAAAAACGCAAAGGAAAACCAGAACCGAAAACAUCGGAUCCAGACAACAAGAAGCACUAUUUUCUAUUGACAGCUGUUUCCUCUGCGAGCAAAUUGCACUCAAGUGUACUUUUUUCUGGAAAGAUUGGGGACGGACGAAUGCAGAAAACAAUCUUUUUAUGAAACACCUUUUCUCUUUCUUUCUUUCUUUUCUUCUUUCUUUUCUUUUUUCUUUUUUCUAUAUAAUUGAUGUUUAGUUCCGAGCAAUAACUUUGUCCAUGCGGAUGUAAAUUGUGUCGUUUCUGUGGCGAGUAGAACUGCAGUCAAAAGCCAGAACUACAAACUGUGUUUCCCCGGGUUCAGCACGGGUUCCUAAUGAAACAAACCAACCAGAAACGAGUUCAUGCAGGCAGUGAAUCAGUGGGCGUGGUCUGUGUCCUCCAGCAGUUCUUCUUAGUUGUUACUGUUACUGCUAUUAUUAUUAUUAUUAUUAUUAUUAAUUUGGUUUUGAUUUUUAACAUUUUGCUGUUUAGGUUUACGCUGAUGGAGUUUAGAGCUGCAGAAACGCACUGCUGGCUGUAGUUUGGUGGACGUGGAUGGAGGGUGUGGAGGGUGCGGAGGUCUGUUGGUGUUGUCGUGCCUUGACGUUCCUGUUUUAAGGCGUUUGCUGAGAUUAAUGCAGUGAUGAGAUGAGCGUAACCGACCCGUGCCGAGCCGAAACCUGCAGCUGUUGUAAACAGUGUGUGCGUGCUUAGUUUGUUUCACGUUUCAUAACACUUCUAAGGCUGGAGAUAUAUUUGCUGUUUGGCCAGGUGCUCACAUAGACAACCGUCUGCAUCAUAAACAGACGUCACUGUUCACAUACUUGCCUACAUAUGUGCUACUUAUGUUACAGAAGGUUUCUACUAGAGGUCUGCUCUCACCAAAGCAGCAAGAAGAACACACCUACACACAUGUACAGAAGUGUGUGUAGCUCUGUUUUCCAAAACUUUCCUAACAUUGAUCAUUGACGUACCUCACGUACACGUACGCAGUGACUCGGUUCUGAUACAGCAGCUCACAGAUGCAGCCUUGUGCUGAUCCACAUCACCCUAGGAGUGAUGAGGGGAAAGAAAGAGCUCCAUCUACUGUACCCACCCAGAGAGAGCAGAGAGCAAGGCCAGUUGUGCUCUCUCAGGGCUCCGGCAGCUGAUGACAAGCUGCAUGACCGGGAUUCAAACCAGCGAUCUCCCGAUCAUAGUGGCAGCACUUAACUUAAGACUGCUGGACCACUCUCAGCCCCCAAGCACAUAUAUCUCUAGCUAAAGUGUUAAAUUAUGAGUUUAGUUGUAGUGUGCAUAAGAAGCAUGAGAAGAGACAAGCGAGGGCCAAGAGGAACAAUACUGCUCGAAUGUUAAUCAGUCAGCAAAAUGAUUAAACACUUUAACAAAGCCUUAUGAAAGAUAAAUAAUAAAUAUAUUUAUUGGCCCUUCACCUCGAGCGCUACCAGCUGAAGCCUAUACUCCUGCGAAUCCUCUGCAAUGUACUCAUCUCGUUAUUCGAGACGCUGGACGAGUGCCAAGGGCUGUUUACUAUUUGUGAUAUUUAUGACAUUUAUAUAACAGCUACAACAGGAGACGUGGAGUUCAGUAUUUCUAAACUAAAGAUUAUUAUGAUUGUAGAUGGUUACAUACAGAGAAUUAAAUACGUUUUUUCUGGCAAGCAAGACUCGAAAUGUAUUUUACUACUGAAAUAUAUAAAAACUAACCCGGCUGGUGGAAAUUUGAACAGUUAAUAUGGCAGUAUUUGGAAGUGCAAUGAUAAAAAAAGUCCCCUUACCAUGAAGAAACCUUUAUUCUAAAUGUAGCCUCCUGUAUACGGCCGUCUUUCUUUUCUAGCUUUUCCUCUCAGUUGUUUUAAGAAACCAAUUGUUUUCUGCGUGUUGAGGAGAUAUCAGUCAGUGGCCAGUGGCUUACGUUUCAUCAUUAAAUACAGUAUAUUGGGAAUAAUAAAGGACUUAGUUUGCCAAUGAUUGAUUGAUGAUUGUUUUACAGCUGAGGAAAGUAAUUGGUCAUCUAUGUUACGUCACACGUUUGCGUUGUUUUUCGUUUUUUUGUUUGUUUGUUUGUUAGUUUGUUUAAUUCUCGCUGGCUGGAGUAUUAUAUUAUAGCGUUCAUUAGUAUGUGGGGAGAAGACAGGAAUACAGUACAGCAUGAUCCAGUCGAAGCCAUUGUAAUCACCUGUGGUGCUCUCACUGCUCUAAGGGAACAGGCUUUACCUUGAAAUUAACUCAAAAAUUGUUAAUUGUCCAAUAAAAAGAUUUGGUUUGUAACUUGGUCACCGUGGUCAGAGAAACAAAAGAAACGGUUCCAAUGACCCAAAUGUGCUUUUUUCCAGUUUAAAGAGAACUAACUAUGUACGUGUGCAUAACUGACGACACCUCCAGUGUUUCCUUUGUAUAGCCCCGCCCACUGUACCAUACCCUGAAGGUCUGUCCCGGUUGGCACUUGUAUGUAAUUGUAUGCCUUUGUUAUACAUUUGUAUAUUAAGAGGUGUGUUUUGAGUCGAGCUAUUUAAUAUCUUGCACUGUUAAUAUGUACUUUCUGUACAGACAGUUUUACCGUUUUAACUGUAGUGUGUCCGUGUACAUUCUGAAGGUAAAGCAUGUCCUACCCCCCCACACGUUCCCUCCCCUGCCUUUUUUUUUACUUUUCCGUUUUGUGUUUUUACUUUUACUCUGUGGCACCUUCAGCUUUUUUUUGGUUCAGUUUUCAUAUUCUGUUACACCCUACCCCCCAUUUCCCGUUCAGUCUUUAUUUCUUUAUUUCUUUCUGUUAAACUGUGCUUGUAUUGGACUUUUUUAAUGUGAUUUAAAAGUAUUUUCCAAUCUGUACAUGGACUGUAAAGUUUUAUGGAUCUUUACAAAAAAACGAAAACAUUCUGAGACCUUGUGUAAGAGAGCGUGAGAAUGUGGCAAAGCAAAGAUCUAUUGUAUUUAUUAGAUUGAUCAGAGGGUGGGAAUUGUGUAAUUUAUUGUACAAAUGUAAGAAGAAAAUCCUCAGUUUUAAAUAAAUGCCAUAGUUUGUGAGUUUCAAUCCUAA